AUGAAAGGUCUAAUUCGUUUCUACCUCAAGUACAUUCCACGAUCUCCAACUCCUCCACUGGCAAUAAACACGAAUGACUCAGACAGCGAUGAAAACGAUGCUGAAGUGGAUGAGGCGAAUAUCAGGAACAGAGUAACUGAAUUUUUUGCCGAACCAUCUGUCCCAUCAGGUCAGAAUGAUGAUGUGGAUCAUGAGAGGGUAUAUGUAGACAAAUUAUUUGAAAGUGAAUGUGGCUACAUUAAGAACUGUUUUCGACAUAUAUUUUCUUACAAAGAGCAUGCAUAUCAGCUUCUGUUAAGACUACACGAGUUCACUAAAAGUGAAAGGGACAUAUAUAUCCUGUCUAAACUCGAAGAUCAAUUGGUUCAAACGGACGGAUCUGUCGGCUCCAAAGGAAGCAAACGUGAACGUCAACGGUUCCGUUACAGCUUUCAAGUAGUAGAAAUUUGUGAAUGCGCUUGGCGAUCUAUUUUCGAAAUUGGACGCGCGGAGUAUAAAAGUUUGAAGAAACAUUUCAAAGAUAACGGCACCAUCCCACGAGUUCAUGGAUUGACUGGCAAGAAAUCAAACCAUGGUUAUCCAUUUUAUGUGAUUGAAGCAGCAGUCCUGUUUAUCAAGAGAUACGCAGACCAGUAUGGAUUGCCAUUACCUGCUGCCCCACGAGCACGCGAUGACACACCACCUGUGCUCCUGCCUUGUAAUGAGAGCAAAGCAACGGUUCAUGCGAAGUACAAAGAUGCAUGUCUUGAAUCUAGUAGCCCGUCCGUCAAGCUAACCACAUUCAAAGAGGCAUGGAAUUCAUGUGUGCCUUAUAUACAGUUCAUGAAACCCAAAACAGACUUGUGCAAGACCUGCCAUGAUCUCCGCGAAGACAUAACGGGGGCAUAUGACGAGAAGACAAAGUUAAAACUUACAAAGCGACUGACUGAUCAUCUUGAUCAAGCUAAACAAGAGAGAGAAUUCUACAAAGAAUGUACUGCUAAUGCAAGAGAGGAGCUAAAGGAUGCCGAGAAGCCCCAUGGGAAAUAUCUGCAGUCAUGUUCUGUACCUUACGAGAAUGUACAUUAUACAUUCGAUUUUUCGCAGUAUGUGACCAUCCCCCAUUCUUCACAACAAGUCGGACCACUGUUUUUUCUACAGCCCAGAAAGGUUCAGAUCUUUGGUGUAUGUGAUGAAAACUUCCCUCUCCAAACCAACUAUCUCAUAGAUGAAAAUGAAACUAUUGGUGAAAAUGGAAGUAAAACUCAUGGUCCUAAUGCUGUAUUGAGCAUUUUGCAUCAUUACUUCGAUGCAAACAGCUACGGCGAAGCAGUCUGCCAUCUCCACGCUGAUAAUUGCGUCGGACAAAACAAAAAUAAAACAACUUUACACUACCUUGCUUGGCGAUGCUUAAGCGGACUCCACAGAAAAAUCUAUUUACACUUUAUGAUUGCUGGUCAUACAAAGUGCUUAUGUGACUCAUGCUUUGGCAUGCUCAAGAAGUAUUAUCGAAGAGCAGAAGUAAACAGCAUUGGGCAAUUGGAACAAGUUGUAGAAAAAUCUGCAAAAAGCAAUACGACAGCCAGAUGUGGAGACUUCCAGUGGUUCAGAUGGGACGCCUUCUUCAGUACGUACUGUAAACCGGUUAAAGGGAUCGGGAAAUAUCACCAUUUCAUGUUCACCAAUGAGGAACCAGGCGUAGUGUACGCAAGGCAAACGCUUGAUUCGUUUGAAGUCAAAAUUCAGCUUUUGAAAGAAAAGGUUGACAUAGAUAAACUACGCAAGGAAUUUCCAGACGUUAUUUUGCCUGGAGGGCUUUCAAACGACAGAGUGCGCUAUCUCUUUCGUGAGAUUAGGUCUUACGUUAUAUCAUAUACCUAG